UGUUCAUUUAUGACCAGUACCGUCAAACUUAAAUUAAUAGCCAGGGUUACUUUAUUUGUUUCAAUCGCUGAAAAUUCUUGCUCAGCAAAGAUGGGGAAUACUAUCACAUUUAUUAUUUGAACCAGUAUGAAUAUUACCGUACAUGCAUUAACAUUAACCAAUAACCCGCGCAUUAUUCGAAUAAUGCGCGCAAACUUUCCGGUGGCCGAGUGGUAUAACUGCGUUUGGUCAGAAAGACGUAACCGCUAUGACAACAGCAGACUGGCUUUGGUCUGCUGAUGCCAUGGAUGGACUUCCCGCGUGCCGUGUUUCCCCGUCGAUGUUUUAUGGUUAUGCUGUUGACGGCUUAAAUAAAUGGACUUUAUAAAUUGAGCAGUGAACACAAACUAAGAACCUUUGACAUAUCUCUCUCGACUUGUACCUAGAAUUUGAAUAUCUAUUUCUCUCAGUAAUAAUUGGUUGUUACCACAACAACUCUUCAUAGUGUGGGUGGGGGUGAAAGAGGAUGGUGUUUCCAUGGCUGGACUUUGCGCGUGCCGUGUUUUCCCGCCGAUGUGGUAUGGUUAUGCUGUUGAGAGCUUAAAUAAAUGGACUUUAUAAAUUGACUACGAACAAUUAUUGAAGUUUAACACUUUGUUCAGCAAACUUGACCACUGACGGCUUGAACUUUAGGUUGUACUUUUUUUUCUCAGACUCUGCUCUUGUUUGUUUGUUUUUUACGGGUAAACUAAUCUGACGUGACUGCGCAAACUUUGGCCUACUGAUUUUAUGUUUGAAUGUUCCGCCGUCGUUCACAACAUUUACUUUGCGAAUAUCAUUUUCGUUUGGUUUUAUUAUAUCAAUUAAAUACUUUCGAGUGUUUUUAAAGUAGAUUAUCGAAAUAAACUGUAUAAAGACAGGUUAAUAUAUGUCACUUACUUUAUCUGUCGUCUUUUAUGUCUUUUCUUCCGUGGAAUGAUGCCCAUGACGUCUGGGCUGGUAUUUAAGGCCUAUCACGGCACGACAACAUGUCCGUCAUCUCUCCUGUAUACACCGACAGCCCGUCUGAACUCUGGAACUAACUAAUGAAAUACCGAUUUUGUUAGCCAGGUUCUCUGAAGCAUCUGUCUGAAUCUGAACACAUCUUUCUAUGCAUGUCUAUUACUUGUGGGUGUAAAAUAAAUUCCUUAUCUUUGUUCUUUUUGUCAAGCAAUGUGAGCUCAACAAUAGGAUCAGGAGGUAUCCAUGGAUGUAUUGCAGCCUCAGCUGUUGCGAUUUACCGCUAAUGAGCACCUCAGCACCGCCCCCUCUGUGAUGUCAGUACUGACCAUAUGCCCACUAAAGCUAACCCUAUUCCUAAUAUCGUAACAGCCACGCACAGGGCAGGCGUCUCUCCCUGGUCGUGCGUCUGAACACGCUGUAAAUCGAGACCCGUUAGCCACGUUUGGUGCUGGCGUACCAGCUGUUUGUUUCUCUCUACUGGACGCGAGCAGAAAGCUAAAUCGGUCGAGCAGACAGCUUGAGUAGACAUGACAGAGUUCAGCGAGACAGUGGAGCAGCUCAAUGAUUUGUUAACGGAUGAGAGGGGGUUUUAUUGCUGGCCAACGAAACCCGUGGACGAGGUCUGCACUGGGAUUUACGUCGGCAACGAGUCUGCGGCCAUGAACGUGGCGUGUCUGCAGCGCCUGGGCAUCACUCACGUGCUCAACGCUGCCGAGGGAGACUCCCUCAUGCACGUCAACACCAACGCAGAGUUCUACGCCGGCACCGCCAUCGCCUACCACGGCGUGGCGGCCAGCGACACCGACCACUUCGACCUCGGCCCUUUCUUUGAGGAGGCGGCGGACUUCAUGGCGAGAGCCUUGGCGCACAACGACGGAAAAGGCAAGGUGUUGGUCCACUGCAGAGAGGGCUACAGCCGCUCGCCCGCCCUGGUCAUCGCCUUCCUCAUGCUGCGCCGGCGCCUCGACGUCCACUCCGCCCUGGCAACCGUGCGCCACCAGAGGGAGAUCGGCCCCAACGACGGCUUCCUGCGACAGCUCUGUCGGCUCAACCAGAGGCUGCUUGCCACGGGCACGUCCUGA